AUGCAGUCAACAGUAUUUUUAUUUCUGGUCGCAUCUGUUAUUGGUACAGUUCAAUCACAAACAUGGGCUGGCACUUAUAUACCCGAUUCAACUUGUAGUACAUCAGCUUGCUGCUGUUUGAGUGAACAGGUAGUAGUAACAUCUGCUUCGGCAAAUACUUAUACAGUCAACUCCGGCACAAGUGGUGUAUGUGGUGGUGUUACUACAUUCACAGGUACCGCUCAUACAGAUGGAUAUACAGGUUGGAUGGUAGUAACCGACAAUAAUACACUCACACUUAGCUCCGAUAGUAACACCAUCAAUGUAAUCAGUUCUUCGAACGCAGCAUGCAGUGGUCAAGGAGUCAAGAGUGGUGUUAUCAAACAACAUCCUAAUAUUAUAAUGUUAUUUGCUAUAUGUUUAAUCAGUAUGAUGAUGAGUGUCUUGAAGAUGUGA